CCUCAUCACCACUUCCUCACAUUAUCUUUACGAUUUAUCAGAAACACAUUUCUCUCUCUCUCUCUCUCUCUCUCUCUCUCUCGUUCAUCUUUUUAUAAAUAAUGUCUAGCAUAGUGGAGAGCCGAAACGAUAAGAAGCGGGUCCGAGGCGACUCGGACGAGUUUUCCGAGUCGGACUCCCCCGAGGUGAAGCGUCUCAGGGAAGACCUUCUGGGGUUCCUCGACGACACGGAGGCCGAUCCGACGAUUCAGGACCUCGACUCGGUCAUGAAGAGCUUUGAGGAAGAAAUAGCUCAGGCUUGUACUUCUUCGCCGGUGCCGGUUGUCGACCUGACGUUGGAUUCCGGCGAGUCCCAGCCGGAGCUCGGGUACCUUUUGGAAGCUUCGGACGACGAGCUCGGUCUGCCUCCUUCUGGGAAUUCUUUAGACGAGGACGUGAAGAACUCAGAGAGCGAGUUGGGCCGGGACUCGUCCUAUUCGUACGGAAUCGGCGAGCUUUGGGGCUUCGAGGAUCAGCUUCCGAGUUAUUACUCGUUCGAGUUUGGUGCCGGGAACGGGUAUGACAAUACUAGCGAGUACGUGGCGUUUGAUGGGCUGUUCGAGCACUCCGAUGUGUAUUUCGAUUCGUCCGAUGUUUCGGACCCCUCUUGGCGGCAUGAAACUUUGCCGGCACAAUAGUAAACAAAUGAAAAAAAAAAGGAACAGGAAAAACCGAGGCCUUUCGGGCUUACGGAUUAUAUUCGACUCGAAGUUGUAAAUUUUUGUUUUUGUUCUUAAUUUUUUAAUUUGUUAUAACAGUAGAAGCUAAAGAAAUAUAUGUAGAACUAGGAUGAUUGAAAGAUUCA